AACACACCUCUCUGACUUGCCUGGCCUGCAUUUCGUUCUCCUGAUUCCUCCCUUCUUCGGUGACAUUUGUCCGGCAUGCUCGGAUCCUUCAAGUUGGAAUAACAAGGAGCUUCUUUUCUUGAGGAAUUGAACUCAUGCAAGGAUGGAUUUCAGUGCUGUGGAGGCACCACUUCUCUGAAGUCACAGAGUGGGGCGUCAUGAGGAAUAUUUCUAUAAAACUGGGAUGAAUAUGCCGAAUACAACAUGACGUGAAGAAACUUCAGACCUAAGACUUGAAGGAUUCAAAUAUACAGAUCUUUUAUUGUGUUGACGGCCUUUGUGAGUCUGCAUAGAGCAUGUGAGCCAAUCUUUCACUUUCACAAUGGCUAAGUCGAGCGCUGUUUCGGACACGCAGGCCUUGCUGCAGUCUAUGCUUCAAAAGCUGAAGCUCCAAAACCAUUCAGAAAGGAACAGCACACCCACUCAAGAGCAAGCACCUUCUCCAACCAUAGAGUUAAAUGGUGGGUCUUCACUUGAAAGCACAGUGUACCAGUUUGGUGAUUCCAGCAAGCAGCAAGGAACAUCUUCCUCUAUUUGGACCAACUUGGACAAUCCAUGGAGGCUCCAGUCACCUGAUCAGCCUCACCUAGAACAAUCCACUGAAGGGAUUCUGGCUACACUUGCACCAGAUGUCAUUUCUGAUGGUGAGAUGCCCAGAUGGGAGAGGAAGCAGCUAAAAAUUUCACAUAGUAAGGUGAGUGAUGACAGCUCUAGCCUGUCCUCCUUCAGUACAACAGAAAACACCCUCAACUCCACCGACCUUUCAACCCCAUCGCCCACAUCAUCCAUCCCGUCCCGGAGAACAUCAGAGGAACACAGUGACCACAGUGGAGUGUGCAGUGAAGGUGUUGGGGACAUAAGAAAGGACAGCAUCAAUGUUCCUGAUAAAAUAAUGCGAACACGCACUUCAAGGACAAGUAAGAAGAAAUGGGAAGAUCCAGGAAAGAAGAGAUGGACCCAGAAGGUGAAGGAAAGAUGGAAGGAGCGGCACAAGAAAGACCGUGAUGGCAAACAGAAACAAGAGCCGAACGAUGUGGCAAAAAAUGACCACUGCCCAGCCCCUACAAAAUCCAGUGACGACAACACAACUGCUACACUUAGUGAACAAAACAUCAGUGACAACAGCACAAUUGCUACACUUAAUGAACAAAACACCAUCCACCCUGAACCAAUCAACAAUGGACUGGAUGAAGCCCCUCCCAGCCCACUGGAUCAUAUGAGUGAAAGCAUAUUUUCUUUUGGCUCUUUUAACCUGAUGGAAGAGAUUUUCGCUGGUAAGGAGUGGGCCAACUUCUUCCAAACCAGCACCUGCAGCCAACCGGAGUCCCCCUGCAUCACAGCAGACAAAACAAUGGAGUCGCCAAGCAGUAUUAGCCAAUCACCUCACAGGGAGCACACAACAGGCAACCUUUGGGAUUACCAAGAGGCUUCAUCACAAAUGAACUCUGAAAGUUUUCAGCAAGACAUGGACAUCACUGAACAAACAAGGACUUCAGAUUUUAGUCUAGCUUUGUCUCAAACCUUUGAGUUCCUCAAAGACCAGUCAGAACUCUUUGCCUCAAACCAAACACAGAGCAUGGACCUCGGUCUGAGCCAAUCAGAAAACGAUGAUCAAACAAAAUACCAACCCCAGUUAUUGGACCCUCAUCGAAACUAUCAACAAAAUACAGCAGAAGCAAGUUAUCAUCAGUUACUGUCCAGUGAACAAAAUCUUAACCAGUCGCAGCAAUCUGACCCAAACCAUACACAACCUGAAAGUGUGCAUAAGGAAUUUCUCCCCCUUUUGGACUUAUCAUAUCUGCAGCCAAAGGACAGUUCUUCUCUGAGGAAGCUUGGGAGUCGAAAGAGAGGACACUGCACGCUGAGGAGGGGUUCCAGUGAUCGAGGCGGAUCAGAGACAGGAGAAGUGGAUGAGUGGAGAGAUAAUGCACCUCUCUAUUCCCUACGUCCAGCUCCCAGCCUUUCACCUGCUUCCUCCAUCUCCUCUCUCCAGCACUCCAUUUCCCAAGAUUCUGAGUCGUCUGCCUCUACAGAAACUGUAGUCAAAAAGAGGAGGCUGGAAAACACCCGUCGUGUGCGUUUUGCAGAGGAAGUGAUCUUUCUGCCACCCCUAGUUCUGUCUGAGGAUUACGAUGACGGCGACGAUGAUUAUGAUAAUGAAGAAGAAGGCGAGGCAAGUGAUGAAGAUGACGACGAUGUUCCAGAAGAGCCGCAGUCUCGCCCCUCCGUUCCGAACUGGAUUGUGGCACUCAGGACCAAGACAAAGAGGAGGCCCAAACUUAAACUUCCACAAAUGGCAAGCAUGCACACGAAGUUCAAAAGCUCAAAAUCAUAGUCUGUCUGAAAAUAUCGCUGUUAACCUCUUUAAAUACACUAAAUGUCCAAAGGUUUUAAUAAACCUUUUACUUUAAUAAACCUUUUAAUAAACAUUAAUUCGACUAAUUUGACGUGCACCCAUUGCUGACACACAGCGUGUAUAAUCUCAAUAGCAAAGCAUUGACCAAAAGAAUAGGGUGAUCUGGAGCAGCCACUCAUGAGCCUAAGGUCACCAUGUCCAAUGCCAAGCACAGACUAGAGGGGUAUAAAGCCCCCAUCAUUGGGCUGUGA